CGCCUCUUCUAUCUCAUCACUCUCUCUCAGUCUCUCAUUCUCUGCGCCUGAAACUCUCUCGCUCGCGAAGAAAGAAGAAGGGAAAGAAGCCUUUUCUAGUCUCUUCUUCUUCUUCUUCUUCUUUGCCUCCGCGAUUUUACUCUUUUUUCCAUCAAAGUUGACGAUUGUGUUCUUGUGCUUUCUUUUGACUUCCUUGCUUUGAGCAUCAUUUCUUGAAAUUCUUUUGGUUUUUUCUGAUCAACAUAAAGGAAGAAGAAGAUAUGGCGGCGGUUAAUGAGUACCAAGGCAAUACCCCGGUGGCCGCUCCUGCUGCGACUGGAUCAAAGCAGGCUGUUCCGCCGGCGAAGAGCGUUGAUACUCAAUCCGUACUCAAAAGGUUGCAAUCAGAAUUGAUGGCCUUGAUGAUGAGUGGAGAUACUGGGAUAUCUGCCUUCCCAGAGGAGGACAAUAUAUUCUGCUGGAAAGGGACAAUCACUGGAAGCAAGGACACAGUGUUUGAGGGAACAGAAUACAGACUAUCCCUUAAGUUUCCCAGUGAUUAUCCAUUUAAACCUCCAAAAGUGAAGUUCGACACCAACUGCUUCCAUCCCAAUGUUGAUGUCUAUGGCAAUAUUUGCUUGGACAUUCUUCAGGAUAAGUGGUCAUCUGCUUAUGAUGUGAGAACCAUACUGCUAUCAAUCCAGAGUCUGCUUGGAGAACCAAACAUCAGCUCACCUCUAAACACUCAAGCAGCCCAACUUUGGAGCAAUCAAGAAGAAUACAGGAAGAUGGUUGAGAAGUUGUACAAACCUCCUACCAGUGCAUAAUGACUACCAGUGCAUAAUGACUUUCAGGAUGAUAAGGAGUUUGUUUUUGUUUGAUCAAGUUAGUACAAACUUGAUAGUUGUAUGGUUCAUUCCUUCAAUUCUUUGUACCUUUUACAGAUCAAGGGCCUUUUUAUUCUUGAUGAAUGAUUAAAUGACAGUUAUUUCAAAUUUUUGAGAAUCA